ACAAAAAGCAGCUCUCUCUCUCUCUCUCUCUAUACCCAAGUUUCCGGGAGGGAGAAAGAGAGUUUAUAAACACCGAUCACCGUCGCAAGUCGCAAACUCUUCAGGCAUAAUCACCGUUUACUCCACACGUCGUGAGGCGACAGCCACAUCAUCAUCAUCUCGCGAUCCAUCAAUCACUCGAAGUGAAUUGAAGAUGGAGGGUGAGGAUGAGGAAGUGAAGGAGAGACGCGUGAUUGAAGCCAGGGCGAGGAACAUCAGUCAUAAUGUGCGCUGCACCGAGUGCGGCAGCCAGUCGAUCGAAGAUUCUCAAGCUGAUAUUGCUAUUUUAUUGAGAAAGUUGAUUCGCGAUGAGAUCCAAUCUGGCAAAACUGACAAAGAGAUUUUUAAGAAGCUUGAGGAGGAUUUUGGAGAGACAGUUCUUUACGCCCCAAAGUUUGAUAUGCAGACUGCAGCCUUGUGGCUGUCACCGCUACUAAUGGCAGGUGCUGCUGCUGGCGUAUGGGCUUACAAUAAGCACAGGCAAAGGACAAACGUUCACAUCAUGGCUCUAAACCUUGUUAGAGGAGUACCACUGACACCAAAUGAGAAGGAAACCAUGCUUGAUCUUCUCACACCACCUCCCUCUCCACGAGGAGCUCCAUCCUCGUGGUGGAAGAGGUGGCUUGGCCAAUGAUUUGUAUCAUCCCGCUUUUGAAUGUCACCUUUGCAAUGGUAGUAUGUUUACAUUCUCAUGGGAAGUACAUUCUCAUGGGAAGUCUAUUUUAGAUUCUUUCUUGUUCAAAGAUGAAAGUUCUACUAUAAUUGAAUGUGUUUUCUCGAAUUAUUAGUUAGAGGGCUUUUGAUAAUUUUGUGAGAGAAGUGGAUGAUGCACGAAAGUAGUUUGUUCAAGCCUUAGUAUAGUUUUGUGGAUGCAAUAAAUGAUCCUCCAUAGUUGAAGUGUUUUACCUUUCCAGAGGAA